AUGAUAAAUUUCUAUCUCAACCUUUUCCUAUCUAUCUAUCUAUCUAUCUAUCUAUCUAUCUAUCUCAGUCCGUCCAUAUCCACCCAUCUAUCUCAGUCCGUUCAUAUCCAUCAAUCUAUCUCAGUCUGUUCAUAUCUAUCUAUCUAUCUAUCUAUCUAUCUCAGUCUGUUCAUAUCAUCUAUCUAUCCCCAGUCUGUUCAUAUCAUCUAUCUAUCUAUCUAUCUAUCUAUCUAUCUAUCUAUCUAUCUAUCUAUCCAUCUAUCUCAGUCUAUCUCAUAUCUAUCUAUCAUAUCUUCAUCUAUCUAUCCAGUCUUUCAUCAUCUAUCUAUCUAUCUAUCUAUCUAUCUAUCUAUCUAUCUAUCUCAGUCUAUUCAUAUCAUCUAUCUAUCUAUCUAUCUAUCUAUCUAUUUCAGUCUAUUCAUUCAUCUAUCUAUCUUCAUUCAUCUAUCUAUCUAUCUAUCUAUCUCAGUCUUUUCAUAUCUAUCUAUCUCUGUUCAUAUCUAUCUAUCUCUUGAGUUUCAUAUCUAUCAAUCUAUCUCUGAGUCAGUCUUUUCAUAUCUAUCUAUCUUUUCAUUGGAAGAAUUCUGUUCAUAUCUAUCUAUCUAUCUAUCUAUCUUUUCAGUUAUUUAUUUCAGUCUGUCCUGCUUACUUGGAUAUUUAUCGCAAAGCGGUAUUUCUACUCUAUAUUCGCCAGUACGUUCGUGCACUCUCUCUCUCUCUCUCUCUCUCUCUCUCUAUCUCUCUCUCUCUCUCUAUUUAAGCAAUGAGAUGCACUACGUCCGGUGA